UUGUCAAAACUCUGCGCUGUUGGAGCAUCGAACGUUCAAAACAGUGCAUUAUUUUGAAGCUAUGAGCCGUAAAAGAAACCAUAGUUUUAUUGAAACGGGGCAGUUGGUUGACUCUCAGGCCGCAGUGAUGGAGAACACGGGGCCGUCUGGUCGAGUGGAGGAGAGUUUCUGCGAGCUGGAGCUGGAUGAAGAGCUGGUGUGUUCAGUGAGUGAGAUCACCGAGCACCUCGGCAGGAACAUCACCGUGGCGCUGGAGGAGGCCCUGUCCGAAAUCCGCAAAGUAGUGAGCGCACGAACCAGGCUGCUCAAAAUGGAGCUGAGGGAGAAGACCGACGAGAUCGAGCUGCUCAAAGCCCGGCUGGAGUGUGUCGCCAGCGAACCGGUCAGGAAAGCCGACUUGCUCCAGGCACCACAGAAGAGCAGCAACACAGAGCCGAAGAAGGCCAAAGCGGCCGCGCCUGCUGUCAAAAAGGAGAACAUCGACGCCAUAUGCGAUUACCUGAUGAAGGACAAGAACUCUCGCGGAGGUGCUGCUGAUGUGGAGGGCGAGCGGCAGCACCAGGCCUCCCUCAGCCCCUGGACAGAGAGCGAGGACAUCUUCAGCAUGCUGCCUUCCGCCAGCAAGAGGCUCUACGACUAUGAGUGGAUGUCUGGAGUAGAACUCAACUCCACCUCUGAGUAUAAAGGUGAGUGUGAGUCCAAGUGUGAGAGUGCCAUAGCUGCAAGAGCGACAGCUGAAGAAGAGUCUGAAGAAAGGAGAGGGAUGGGGCCGGUCUCUGACGAUUCCUCAGCUCCGUUUGCCCUGGAUGCUCACGGCUCGCCAGAGGAGGACAACAACAGCAGCCCGGUGGAGGACAGUAUCGACCAUUUAGAUCCAGAGCAGCACUUCUCUGCCCCUACCUUCAUCUGCCCCUUCUGUGGAACCCUUUGCCCUGAUUCGUUGUACCUGGAGGAGCAUAUGAAGUUGAUGCACCGAGAUGGAAGCACUCACGCUGCUCAGUCCGGCUCUUCUUCGAGUGGUGGGCAGGGCAGCGAGGGAGAGGUGUGGCGGAAGGCGAGCUCUAAUGAAUCCCAAGCUCGUGAGAAAAAGGUGGAAGGUGGCUACGAAUGCGGAGACUGCGGGCGCCGCUUCAAUUACCUGGGCAACCUGCGGCAGCACCGGCGCAUCCACACAGGGGAAAAGCCAUUUGUGUGCUCUGAAUGUGGCGAGAGAUUCCGGCACGCCGCUCGCCUCAAGAGCCACCGGCUCAGCCACAGCGGCGCCCAGAGCCCCUUCCCAUGCCCACAGUGUGGAAAGGGCUUCCCUGUGCUCUCUGGUCUUAAAAGACAUCAGCGUGUGCACACAGGCGAAAGCCCCUACGCGUGUCCUCAGUGCGGUCGACGUUUCAAAGAGCUCGGCAACCUGUACACACACAUGCGCAUUCACAGUGGUGCCACGCCCUACACGUGCUACCAGUGUGGCCGAAGCUUCCGACAUUUAGGGACUUACAAAAGCCAUCGCUGCACCCCCAUUACACAGGUACCCAGUGCACAUGGUCCAGCUUGGACACAAGAGGACAAAGUCCAAACUGGAUAAAUAAAGUACUGCUCGCUUGUUAAGUAAGGCAUUGUAGCGCUACGCUGCUUCUUCAGCACAUGUUUGAAGAAUGUUCUCCAAGACGAGGAUGCUAAAUGUUGCGGACAGAGAUAGGACACUUUAAAAGGGAAAGAAAUACGUGGCCCGUUUCUGCAAUCUUAUUUCUGGUUUAGAUAUGCUGAAACCUUCAGUAGGACAGAUGAUAUAAAGAAUCUGAUUAGAUCAGGUCCUAAAUCAGAAGUUUAUGUCGAGCGGAUGGGUUUGACGUGAAGGAGGAGACCACUUGAAGCGAGCAGAAAUUAGCACAUGCUGCUUUAACCCAGGUUUGCUUAGGAAAAAGAGACCUACAGCAUUAAAAUAUUCUCACAUUUCAUAUUCUUUCCUCAUACUAUGGCUUGUGUUUCCAAAACAAUGAGCAUGCAUGUUGAUUUGUGAGAGUACUAGUACUACACAGCUGUUGAAAGUAUUUUUUUAAAAACGUGUUUUGUUUUUCAUAGCAAGCUUCGGUUUUGCAUUCAGCCUGAGUUUAAAUGCACCUGAGCCUUUUGUGCUUUGGAUAUCCUUGUGGUAAGAGCAAUGCUGCUGUUGCCCUCUGGAUGAUGUGUUACUGUAUUGACUGCUUCAGUAGUUGUAUAGGAAAUAUCCUAAACUGCCUAUUUGUGUUCUAGUUUACUACUUUAUCAUGUAAUUGACACUAUUAACACACUGAUCCUUUGGAUUUAUUUAAAUGUGUCCACUCGUUUAAUAUCUAAGCAAAGUCUAUCAUGUGCAAAAGCUAUGGAAAGCAAAACAAAAACUUGCUUUUUCAGAAAUAGAAAGACUUGUGUAGGUAUUUUUACAUAAGCUAAAAGUCAGCAAUUAAGUUGUUGUGAUACCAGUUGCAUCAUAGGACUUUUAUUGAAAAUUAUACCCAAUGUAAAAAAAUAAUGUAUGACUGUUGGAUAAGGUGAUACAAACUGUCCGUAAUCAAAUGCCAUUGGACUGGUCUUUACCACUUACUGCCAACGUAGUUGUAACCCAAAUUAAUAAACAUUAUAUGAUCUGAAACAUGAAUCCUCUAUUACUUCAUAAAUUUGAACGUUAGCUUAGCCAAGUGCUGAAGUAACUCUGAAAAAGCUGGAGAUAUCCACUGCUUAAAUAGGAUAAGUUUUUUGCCAGACAGCCAUAGCCUGAACACUCUGCAAAGCUGGCCUUUAAGCAAGCGUGACUCCAUGAAAUCCCAUGGAACAUGGGGGGGAGGUUCUCUGGUCUGAUAAGACCAAAAUGGAACUUUUUGGCCAUUGGCAAAAAGUGCUACAUUUGGAGAAAACCCAACACUGCUCAUCAACCUGAGAACACCAUCGCCAUAGUGAAGCGUGGUGGUGGUAGUAGCAUCAUGAGAGUAACCCAUGGUCACUGACUUAUGAUGGACAGCCCUUUCCAUGCCAUAUUCUCGGUUCUUUUACUAGGUGGUAGAGGCAUCAGGAUGUCUGUGUAGCAGUCUGUCUAUCCAAGCUUGUUGUUAGUGCAAUAUCUCAAAAACAAGUAAUUGAACGUUUGUAGGAGUUUUAUGGGAUUAUCAAUGUAACCAGCAGAUUAACUAAUUAGACUUUUUUGCAAUUGAUCCAAACAGGGUCAAGGUCAAAUUUUUUUUUUUAAAUAGUGUUUCUUCGGUAGCUUCCUUCCUGUUUGUGAUAGAGAUGCUUCAUGUUCAGGAAAUCCAGGCCCAUUUUCUGUUCUGUGACAAAAUCUGGGGCUUUCUAGGAACACAUGACUUAUCAGAUCGACACUUAACUAAAUAUGUGACUUCUGGUUGAACCAGAAGGCGUUUGUUGGUUUUACAGCAGUGGAGGUGAAUACUUAUGCAACCACUUUUUUUUUAAAUUUGUAAAUAAUUUUCAGACUACCUUGUUUUUACAUUCACUUCAGUAUUUUGGGCUAUUUAUUUUGCGGAUUCAUGACAGCAUCUAGGUCUCUGAGGUCUUCUGGUCAGUAACUCCUGGUGGUUCCAUGGUCUUGGUUAAGGCUAAAGGGUGACCGUGCCAUUGUAGUCACUGUGCCAAGGUUGACGAGCAGCCUACUCCUAGAUAUCAGGAAGGCAUCCUCAGUUACCGUUUUCAACUCAGAACUAAAACGUAUAUCUUUUCAUGCUUGCAUUUUGAAUUGUUUCUAUGUAUUUAUUUUUAUUAUUAUUACUAUUUUAUCUCCUAGCAUAAUUCUUUAUUUAUUGUGCCCUGUCUGUGUUUUGAGUUGCAGUUUUAUUCUUAUGUAUGUAGCCUACAGCACAUUGGGCAACUAUUGUUUUCAACGUGUUUUCUAAAUAAAAUGUACUUUUAAUUA